UAUUUUUAAUUAUUUAAAUAUAUUAAAAUAGUGCGAGUAAAAUAAAAUAAGUUAUAUACGUUUCUAUGUAGAUUAUAAUUAAUACUACGAAAAAUAUUUUUAUAUUAAUUAUUGAUGAAAUGUCAUGAGUACUUUCAAAGUAAAUUUGUUAAUACCUUUUCCUUCAUCAAGGGAAGCAGAAAUUGCUUAUCAAGUAUUGAGAGUUGAUGCAGAGCCUUCAAAAAGUAUUUCAAAAUCUUUGAAAUUGGACAAUAAUUUAUUAAAAAUAGAAAUUUCUGGAACUGAGGCACGAAAAAUAAGAGUGGCAGUGACAUCAUUUUUUGAUAGUAUAAUUUUAGUAACAAAAACUAUGCAACUUUUUGGCCCACCUGUACCAAAUUAUGAUUAUUAUUAAGUAAAUAUUCAUUAUUUUUAAAACUAUUUAUAUAUUAUUUUUUUAAAAUGGAACAUACUCCAGCUCCAUAUGGACCAAGAUCUGUUUAUGGAUAUGUUUUAUACAUAAGUUCAAAUAUGUUAUUUCUUUUAUUUCUGAUAUGGGCAGUAAUACCAGAUCAAAUUUUAUAUGAGUUAGGAUUAACAUAUUGGCCUUCUAAAUAUUGGGCUAUAGCAAUUCCAAUUUGGGCUUUAACUGCCCUUGCAAUAUUUGCAUUUAUUAUUUAUCCAGCUAUAAACUUGUCUAUGACACCAGAUAUUAAUGAUAUUACAACUAUUACAGAUAAAUAUUCAUGUCAAAAAAAAGAAACUAUUCCAGGUGGUAUACCACCUGUGUAUGAUAUUCCAAUAACAAAAGUUUGUAGGAAAUUGUAUUUAUCAAAAAAAAAGUAACAAUAAAUUAACAAUAAAUGAUAUUAAAAA